GGGCAGCCACAGUGUAUAAGUGUGUGCAACCGUGUGUUAGUGCGUUCUGUGCAAAAUGGCCAACAGAAUAAUUCUAUUGGGUCUGUUUAUUUUAACAAUUUCCUUGAGUUUUAUAGACUGUAGAGGUGGAAGGAGUAGAGGAGGCGGUAGCCAUAGCCAUAGUAGCCACAGUAGCCACAGUGGAUGGAGCUCACACAGCUCUAGUAGUUAUAGUAAGCCAUCCUCGUCAUCCGGAAGCUCAUGGAGUAGUGGCUCAAGUUAUAGCUAUCCGUCAUCGUCUUCAGGGCUUUCUGGUUCAGGAUCAUCAUGGAAACCUAGCUCUUCAUCGUCAUCCAGUUAUGGCUAUCCAUCUUCAUGGUCCGGCCUGUCAGGAUCUAGCAGUAGAAACCCCUCUUCAUCAUCAGGAUCAUCGUGGUUUGGAUCCGGGAGCAGCAGUUAUCCAUCGUCAUCCAGUGGAUUGUCUGGGUCUGGAUCAAAGAGCAACUAUCCGUCUUCAUCGUCGGGUUUAUCUUGGUUUUCAUCAGGUAGUUAUCCCAGUUAUCCUUCGUCGUCUUCGGGACUUUCGGGGUCAGGAAGUAGUAGUUACCCGUCGUCAUCCAGUGGAUUGUCUGGAUUUGGAUCAAAUAGCAAUUAUCCGUCUUCAUCAUCGGGGUCAUCUUGGUUUUCAUCAGGUAGUUAUCCAUCGUCAUCUACGGGACUAUCUGGAUCAGGAAAUAGUUAUCGUCCAUCUUCAUCAUCAGGAUCGUGGUUUGGAUCUGGAAGUAGUAGUUAUCCAUCGUCAUCCAGUGGAUUGUCUGGGUCUGGAUCUAAAAGCAAUUAUCCAUCUUCAUCAUCAGGAUUAUCAUGGUUUGGAUCCGGGAGUAGCAGUUAUCCAUCGUCAUCUAGUGGAUUGUCUGGAUCUGGAUCAAAGAGCAAUUACCCAUCGUCAUCUACGGGACUAUCUGGAUCAGGAAAUAGUUAUCGUCCAUCUUCAUCAAAAAAUAAUAAUCAACCCAGCUAUCCACCAUCAUCUACAGGACUAUCAGGAUCUGGAUCGAGUAGUUAUCCAUUUGGAAAAAUAAACCAUAACAAGCCAGCCACUGGUCAAACUCCUCAUCACGGCUUUUAUGCAACUCAAAGAGCACCAACAUAUUAUUCAGCACCUCAACAUGUUUAUAUCACACAGUACAGAAACUCAGAUAGCCGUUAUGGAGAUAUGUUAACUGGAUUAUCUUUAUACAACUUAGGGCGAUCUCACAGUCAUUACCAUGAUCAUUAUUAUUACGAUGACUUUUACCAUAAAAGAUACAAUCCUGCUAAUAAUAAUGAAAACUUCAAUACAUACAGUACGCCACAAGAAACGGCAACGUGUAGAUUGAAAAUAAAAGACCACAAUGGUAUCGAAACAUUAAAAAUUCCAUGCGAAAUCGUUUCUACUUUCACUGAAGAUAGCAAAAAGGUUUCUGUAUCAAACCUUGUUAAUACAACUGUGUGUGUGAAUAGCACAAUAUUACAAAAUAACACCAUACCAAAUGUUGUACUUAACCAGAAUACUACAGUAUCGAAUAAGGAACUUGAAAUUUCUACGAAACCUACUGAAACGAUUUUGUUAGUUAGGCCAUUAGUUAAUAAUACUGUGACGGUAGCAAACACCACAACCGUUCAAAAUAAUACGGAGUCCGUGAAUGGCACACAAAUAACAAAUUUAACAAUGACUACUGAAAAGAUAGAAACCAAAUCUUCCCUCAAUGUUACGUCGCUCUUGAAUUCAACUAUUGUCAAUAUGCCACUUGCUGGUAAUAAAGUUGUAGAGUUUAAUGUAACGACAGCGAACGUCACAGCAAAUUCUAAUGGGUCGGUUAUUUAUGUCACCAACUGCACAACAACAGUGAAGCAAAUUGAUCCGUUAUCUGUAAAAGGUUCCAAAAUUGAUCCUUCUGGAAAGGAAUGUACUAUUGAAAUACAAACGAAAAGCUCCUUAUUACAUAAUAUAAUUGAUUGCGGAACUUUGAUGAAAUACGCCAAAAUGCCAGAGCCCAAGAAGCAGGACAGUAGUCUAAUGCCCUCAAGAGAGAAACUUAAGUCAUGGGCUUCUAAUCCUCCAUGGUGGAUGUCCUUAUUUAUAGCAGUAUAAUAAUUUUAUUAAGCAAAUCGUGAAAGAAUUUACACCAUAUGUUUGUGUUAAAUCCUUGUUAAGGAAAGUGUCUAGAAUAAUUAUAUUGAUCAUUAUAAAUUAAGGAAAUAAGGAAUGAAGCAGGUUUAAAUUCUAUAAUUUAUACAAUGUUAUUAUUUCCUCUACAUUGAUAACGUUAUUUUAAAUAAGUGAUUUCCUAAUAUAAUAUAUUUUAUCUUAUUAUAGGAAGAUAGAUUUAGUUAAUGACUUGCUCAUCCGGUAGAAUAACAUCACAAUUGUAUUUUUUGUUAAUUAAGUUAUGAAUGUCAAAAUAUAUCUCAAGCGUAAGUGAACCUGGAGAAAUAAACUGACAAUUGUGUUGCCAAAUAUUGUUGUUCGUCCAAUACAAAAUUGACCCCUUCUUGGAGCUAUAUCAACAUAAAGGUAAUUUUUAUUUUAUAAUACAGAUUUUGGACAUAAAACUUGAGAACUGUUUUUGUACGUUUAAUACUCCGGAUUCAAAUUCUUUUUUCCAUUUUAGAGAAACGACUACAUCAUUAUAUCUUUGCGUCUAUCACAACUACAGAAAUUGAUAUUUUUUGUGGAAUAACAGCACAUUUGGAGGGUGUAUACUCAAAUUUAUUGGUAAAUACUAUAAAGUUUAUACAUUUUUAAGUCGCUUAUUUUUUCCUAGUGUUAUUUAUUAGCAUUGGAGUAGAACCAUACAAUGUUUUGUACAUCACCUGGAACAUCUGGAGCACGUAUUAUAUAAUUAUGACUAAUAAUCACAAUUAAAGUAAGCUAUUAGCUUGGGAGCUAAAGUUGUUUAAAAGUUUCCUUAGCCAGCCCUAGCAGUAAACGGUAACGACUCCAAAUGUAAAUUUGACUUUAGAGAUAAGUAAAGAUUCGUAUUAUUUCUUACUUUUUAGUUUUUUUGUUUUUAAGAAGACGGUGUUUAUUUUUAUUAGAGCGUUUUUAUUUUUGAAAAUAAAGUUUUUUAUUUUUCACUUUUUAUAAUCCAGAGUAACAUCAACUAACUAAGUAUAGGUUUUCUGGCUUGCAUUAACCAUUUCAUAUGUCGUAAAAUAACUAAUUACGAAUUGAGUGCUCUUUGAAAUUAAGGAGUUUCAUUGUUUUCUCCGAAAGUACUGAAUAGAACUUCACCAAAUAAUAUGGGACUAUUUAGCCAAAAAAAAAACAUAAACUUCUCUCGUGUAAAAUUAACAAAUAUGUAAAUAUGAUGAUAUUUUACGGGAUUAGCGAUUACUGUUGAUGUAAUAAAUUUAAAAUUGACAUUAAUUCAGAAAAUAAUGUAAUAAAAUGUACUUUUUGUAUGUUAUCGCGUAACGUAAAUUAACAAUAUUAUAAUCUACUUAUGAAUAACCUAUAUUGCUUUAUUUUAUUAUAUUGUUUGUGUUACAAUCGCGCUACCACAGCGUGUAAGUGUAGAUAAAUUGCACAUUCGUUGAUAAACUUUUAAUUGGAAAGGUCAAUAUUUUGUGCUUUUCUAAGUUUCUAUGUGCUUGCUCUAAAUCUAAGUUGUAUUCUUGUUUUGAUAAUAAAAUGUAUGUAAGAA